CGCGGGAGGGGAGAGGAGGGGAGAGCGCCUGCGGCCUGUGCGGCGGUGACAGGGUAAUGGCGGUGGCUCUGCCCAAGGUGCAGCAGCUGUCGGCGCGGGUGGUCCGGGUACUGGGCUGCAACCCGGGCCCCAUGACCCUCCAGGGGACCAACACCUACCUAGUGGGCACUGGUCCCCGACGAUUCCUAAUUGACACUGGAGAAUCAGCGAUACCUGAAUACAUCAGCUGUUUGAGAGAAACUUUGUUCAAUAUGAAUACCUGUAUUCAAGAAAUUCUGGUGACACAUUGGCAUAAUGAUCACGUUGGAGGCAUACCAGACAUCUUGAAAAAUGUCAUUGAAGAUGAUAUUCAGAUUAGCAAACUUCCAUGCACACCACCUCGAAAAGAAAACAUUGGAAAUGGUGAAAGGCAGUACACCUAUCUAAAGGAUGGAGAUGUGUUGAAGUCUGAGGGAGCCACACUGAGAGUUAUUUACACACCAGGACAUACCAGUGAUCAUAUGGCAUUAUUACUUCAAGAGGAAAAUGCUAUAUUUUCUGGAGACUGUAUUCUGGGCGUUGGAACAGCAGUGUUUGAGGACUUGUAUGAUUAUAUGGUUUCUUUGGAAAAGCUACUAGCUAUUAAUGCUGACAUAAUAUAUCCAGGUCAUGGUCCAGUUGUGCAAAAUGCUUCUGAUAAAAUUAGAGAAUACAUAUCUCACAGAAAUAUGAGGGAACAGCAGAUUUUAAAGGUGUUUCAGGAGCAUAAUGAAAUGUAUUUCACCCCAAUAGAACUUGUUAAAACUAUUUAUAAGGACACCCCUCUUCACUUGCAUCAAGCAGCUGAAGGUAAUCUUAAACACCACCUGAAAAAGCUGAUGAAGGAAGGAAAACUGAGCCACGAUAAUGCAACUCGGAAAUGGAAAAGCAACUUGUAAUGAAUGUCCAUCUUUUUAAUAGACAAUAGGUGCAAAAUUAGCCCAUUCGGGCCUUCGAGCCAGCACCGCCAUUCAAUGUGAUCAUGGCUGAUCAUCCCCAAUCAGUACCCCAAUCAUAUGAACAAUAUGGAGCCCUCUUUUUUUUUUUUAAAUGCUUUAAAAAAAAGAUUUGGUUUUUGAAGCACAGGUUUGGUAUCAAAAAUCUGAAAAUAUGUCAUAAAGUAUACAGAAGGAUAUCCAAAGGGAGUCUUCUGAUCAUCUCCAAUAACUCUGAUUGUUAACUUGGAGAAAAUGUGUGAACUGUUUGCGUUACUACUUCAAAAUUUCAGUAGAACCUCAUCAGGAAAACACCUUGGGAAAUUAUAUCCAGCCAACUAAAGAAAUGAAAUUAUAAUUCUGGUAAUGCCUUGCUUGUGUUGUAUUCUGUUAAAUCACGGAUCUAAACCACUUUGCAAGGGAUUACUGAUUGAGCAUUGUCUUACAGUUAAGGUUUUAUCUAUAAUAUAUAAAAUAUUCAAAUUGUUAAUGUCACAAUAAAUCUAUAUAUAAUAUAAAAUCUGCUGUUGAAUUCUACUUCAAAUUGUUAUAGUAGGUAAUUAAACAACUUACUGAAAAUUGAAAGUCAAAAAACACAAUUAUUUUUUAAACCAACAAGUGAAUAUAAUGUAAUGUUGGAAAUAAUACUAUUAUUGACUUGUUCUAGGUAUAUAAGAAUUGUAUAUUAUUAUUGUAUUGUGCAUUAUAUGUACUGGAUGUUUUAAAAAUAAAGGAGUCCAGUGUGGGUUCACAAGGUUAA